GCUUGUGAUGAUGCAGUGAAGGCAAGCCGAAUGAGAUGAAAUGACCGCAGUCACUCGCGUUAGAAUGAUGCUUCGAUGACUUGGAUGUCUCCUAAUUUCAAACGUUUGACUUUGAACGUCUCACCAGCGAUUUUGCCCUCCAGUGAUGUGAUUCAGUUUAGUCAUUCAUGAAUUAUAUGUUGCCUUCAUGAGCCAGAGCCUGAUAGAUUAAGAUAAUUCUGUAGUGCAAGAAUCAAUUAGCAAGAGGACCAGCACGGUUGUAGCUCGCUGAAAAAAAUGUCAUUGGGCAGCUGCCCGCAGGAGAGGACGGAAACUCGGUGCUGAGCCUGUCGUUCCUUCAGGCAGAGAGAAUUGACGGCCAGGGACGAGAGCGAGAAUAUUAAGAGCUUCCGCUACAACACUCGCCAGCGACAACAUAAGUACUUCCUAGCAGUUUCAUCCACCACGAAGCGGCUACUCACAAGAACCUAAAUCAGUGACACCAUCUAGUACUACCAGUACCACAACAUCCAACACCAACCACUACUACCAGUGCCACAACAUCCACAACAACAAACAAAAUGGACAGCUCAGGCAACGUGAUCAAGAAAGGCCCCGCGGCCGAAGAAGACGAGCCCGAAGUGCAACCGUUGGAUGAAGACGACAUUGAAAUCCUCAGAAAUUAUGGUCUCGGACCCUACACGGUGCCGAUAAAAAAUGUGGAAGGUACUGACAACACGACUAUAAUUAGAACAAAGUACAACAUUAUGGGCGUUUUCCUCUUACGACAACCUCCUCCUCCUGCUCUUCAUGAGAUUAUUAGUUUUCAAUGUGCUUACAUGCACUACAGCGCUAGUAGUCUACGUCUCUUCCAAUUCAAUGUGCUUACUCCCGGCCGGCCCGAUUUCAACUGAAACUUCUCAGUACUAAAGUUUAUGUGGUACUUGAAAAAUGAAAGUCUUGUCUUCCUCACAAUGUGUAUGUGAGUACAAAAAACACCUCCGCUCACACUCACUCAGGUGGCAUCAAAGAAUACCUGAAGCGGAUUAACAAGAUAAUAGGAAUUCGCGAGAGUGACACGGGUUUGUGUCCACCCUCGCAGUGGGACUUAGAGGGCGAUAAGCAGAUGAUGAAGCAAGAGCAGGCUUUGCAAGUAGCGAGAUGCACGAAAAUCAUCGAUGCGGAGACCGAUGAUGCGAGGUAAAACUAGAGGAAAGUUUUUUUUCAGAGCCUACUCUCUCAUUCAUCUAUCAUCAAAUUUCAGAAAGGAGUACAACAUUGCUUUCAUCAACUACAGCUGUACUUCUACUUUUACAGGAUUCUUUUCUUGUUUUCCCUUAUGAUCAAAAUCAGGUUACCAAAUACCGGAGCCAUACACUAAUAAAUUAGAAUUACUAUUACACCUCCCGUGCAAGAUAAGACUUUUGACUAUCUGUAAGGAUCAUAAGCUUACUAUAACACCUCCCAAAUAAUAAUCAAAAUUAAUUUUACAUUUACACCCACCAAACAAAUCCGUAGGUACAUGAUCAAAAUCCGGGAGUUUGCGAAGUUUGUUGUAGGCUUAGGGGAGAAACUCUCUGCCGCAGAUGUGGAGGAAGGAAUGCGAGUGGGAGUGGACGUAAGCCAUGGCGGAAAGUAUCGAAUCCAGAUUCCUCUGCCACCGAAGAUCGACCCAACGGUCACCAUGAUGACGGUUGUUAUGGCAUGAACUUGGAUCAGAGUGAAAAUUGUUUUUUUAUCGAGGUUUUUUCUGAUGGCGAUGGGAAAGUCCUAUCGUGGCACUUCUAAUCUUGCACUGAGACCAGCGGACACGAUGAUCAUCAUGUUGUUUUUGUGAAAUUUCACCCCUAGUACUCCUCCUCCUUCUAAUUAAAAAGAGAAGCCCGACGUAACCUACGCGGAUAUUGGUGGAUGCAAGGACCAGUUGGAGAAGCUGAGGGAAGUCGUGGAAAUGCCGUUACUAAGUCCAGAGAGGUUUGUGGCAUUGGGUAUAGAUCCGCCAAAGGGUGUCCUCUUGUGGGGACCACCAGGAACGGGAAAGACCUUGACAGCAAGAGCAGUGGCGAACAGAACAGACGCCUGCUUCAUCUGCGUCAUCGGCUCAGAACUGGUGCAGAGGUAUUGGGAAGAACUAGAGAAAAAAUAUUAGUUUUGGAAUGAGUGGAAGUAGAAAUAGUGAAGAUUUUUAUUUUGUUCAUAACCGAAGAGGAAGACACUGUUUUGAGGAGGACAAGAACCAACAAGUCUACGAUAAAAUAUGUAUGUGAUUGUGACUCAAAGGUGGGCAUCAUUCAUAGAACCCAAAAAUGUGUCCAAGAAUUUCCUCACUUCUUCACACCAUCACAUCUUCACCAUCACAUCCCCAUCACUUUUUCACCCUCAGGUACGUCGGCGAAGGAGCUCGUAUGGUGCGUGAGCUUUUUGCGUUAGCAAAGAGUAAGAAAGCUUGCAUCCUGUUUAUCGAUGAGGUGGAUGCGAUCGGCGGUUCCCGUGACGAGGGUGGAGACAGUGAGGUGAGCAGAACAAUGUUGGAGAUAGUUGUCCAGUUAGACGGUUUUGAAUCCCGUGGAAACGUCAAGGUGUUGAUGGCGACGAAUCGACCGGAUACCUUGGAUCCAGCUUUGUUGAGGUACAACUUUUUGGAAUGUAAAAAGAGAAUGAUAAACUUUUUGAAGAACUUGACCUCCUUCACAAUCAACUUGACCUCCCUCACAAGAACUACUUGGCCGCUUUCACAAUCAACUUGCCCUCCUUCACAAUCAACAACUUGACCUCCUUCACAAUCAACAACUUGACCUCCUUCACAAUCAACUUGACCUCCUUCACAAGAACUACUUGGCUGCUUUCACAAUCAACUUGCCCUCCUUCACAAUCAACAACUUGACCUCCUUCACAAUCAACAACUUGACCUCCUUCACAAUCAACUUGACCUCCUUCACAAGAACUACUUGGCUGCUUUCACAAUCAACAACUUGGCCGCUUAUUUCACAAUCAACAACUUGGCCGCUUAUUUCACAAUCAACAACUUGGCCGCUUAUUUCACAAUCAACAACUUGGCCGCUUAUUUCACAAUCAACAACUUGACCAGCAACCUCCGCUGCACAAUCAACGCUGACCUCCUUCACUUCAACCUUGUUCACUUCAGGCCCGGUCGAUUGGACCGAAAGGUUGAGUUUAACGUGCCGGAUCUAGAGGGUAGAGCGCACAUUUUCAAAAUCCACGCUAGAACUAUGAGUAUGGAGAAGAACAUCCGUUUUGAACUCCUGGCUCGUCUCUGUCCUAACGCCAGUGGAGCUGAGCUGAGAUCCGUGUGCACAGAAGGUAUUCAAAUUUGCUUUCGUUGAAUAGAUGGAGAUGGUGGAGUAGAUGUGGAGAUGGAGUAGAUCGGUGUUUGUACACCAGAGUACCUCUAGUACUUUUCAAGUUUUCAGAUGGUUUGAUGCCUUCGAAGAAGAUUUUGAUUCUUCUGAGGGCAACAUCUCAUCAUCAAACUUCAUCUUCAUCAAAUUCAAACAGCAAGACAUCACCCUCAACAUACUCGUCAUGACCAACAAUAUAUUGAUCACGAACAAAACAGCCGGCAUGUACGCGAUUCGCGCGAGAAGGAAGAUGAUAUCGGAAAAGGAUAUGAUUGAGGCCAUCAACAAGGUCAUCCGUGGCUACGCGAAAUUCUCUGCUGCUGCUAAGUACAUGGUGUACAACUAGAGAAGGACGAGUUCUAGCAGUCUCAGACGAUGACGGAGGUGCGCCUUGUUUCAGAAGGAUGACGUGGAAAAGGGCCUUUUCAAGAGACAAAGGAAGACACGAAAGGAGUCUUCGGGGUGGGAGGACGGGCGUAGCUACGGCUACGUCCAAGUCAUCUAGACGUUGUGAGCAAUCGUCAUGUUUGAAGAAAGACCCCGUGAUGACCAUGAAGAAAGACCCCGUGAUGACCAUAACCACCUGUUCCUCGUUCUCAAUGAAUCCGCCUUAACCCCCACGACCUCUAGCGGAUUCUCGAUUUUUUUAUACCCACAUUCAUCAUCCCACACCUACAGACGAAAGUUGGAGGUCUCCAACAUGAUCUUGUUCGAUCAACAUGUGGACACCAAGCACCUCAAAGCAAAAACUUCUGAGUAUGAAACCUCUAUAUUUGGAAGAAUACACGAUCAUUUCAAGAUCGUAUUUUGCAACCAUACAGGCUGUAGACACAAGUGGUUGCUCAUCAAAAAACUGUGGGUACCACACAG